UUCUUAUGCAGGGAAUAUUGCGGUAAGUCUCAAGGGUUUGGGAUAACAGUGACUUACACGUUGAAAAUAGGACGUUCAAAUAUGCACGAUAUUCUCACCUGUUGCUGAUCGAUCGACCCUUCACGCACGAUUCUGAGUCCGUUGCAUGUGGCACUUGAAAUCGAAAUCGGGGUCAAGGCGGACGCCUCCUCCGCUUCCGAUUAUGUCUUUGCCUUCUCGUUCUCGCGCAUCAUUCUAACGUUCUCGGUUCUAGAACAACAAAUUAGCACCGUUGAUAUGGGGAGACUGCUUACCCCAGUCAAUGGUCCCAAAAAACAGCUGUCAGUAGUGCAGAAGAAUCAUUUGAAACGCCUUCACGAAAGCAACAAAAAAAACGAUGUACUUCUGGACAAUCCGUUUCCUCGUUAUCCAGUUAAAGGAACCAAGGUCUUAGCAGAGAGGUUUUCUCAAAUCCAGCGGCAGCUCGCCAGUACUUCCGAAGAACUCUCUGAUAAGUACAUGCGAGGCCCACAGGCGAAGAAUCCUGAGAUACCGAGAAUACACAUAAUAACCCUCCGUCGUCGAUUCGUUGAAGUCCAGCUACUAAACAACUUCGAAAGCCACUGCAUUCCACGGACGACUUUUACAUUCAAUCCCUAUCGCCCGGGCUGCAUGGUGAAUCACAAGCAAUUUUCCUUGAGACUUGCUUAUGCAACUACGUUCAAUGGAUGCCAAGAACUGACUCUGUCAAAAACAGUUCCGGAUCCCAGAACUGAUCCUUUUGCGUUUGGUCGACUGUAUACUGCGCUGUCACGCGUGAAGAAUCGACGAGAUACAGUCUGUUUAUUUGUGUCAACGAACGGGGGAAAAGAUUGUGCCAAUAUCGUGUACAAGCCCUUGCUUUUGUAAUGGAUGGACUCAGAAAGCAACGACCGGAGGUGACGGCUUGUAUGUAUAUAUGAGAGAGAAUUAUUCGUCUAGCAGGCGCAGUGAAAAUAUUGGUCCUGCCAUGCAAAUGAGUC